AUUGAAGCCUAUCGAUAACUACCUAAAGGGUCGUGCGUAUCGAGGUGACCAAAAUCCGAUAAGCACGCGUGGCCACCCCCUUAGUACAUAUAUGAUGCUGUGCACAUGCAACCACUUCAUCUAGUAUCGAACGCACCACCUAUCAACUCACCCAUCCUCACACCGAAUCCGCACACGGCAUGCCCUCCGACGAGUACGCACCAGCCGCGCGCGGGCCGCUACGGCUCAAGGGCGCGGCGGGCGUGACGAAGAAGAAAAAGAAGAAGAGCGGCAAGAGCGGCAGCAAAGGCACCGACCUCGAGAAGAACCUGUCCACCGGAGGGGACGCAGCAGUAGACGACAGCAGUGCGCGAGCGCUUGUUUUGGCUGGGGGGGAGAAGGGGGGAGAGGGCAGUGAUGGGGGAGAGGAGGGGAGGGAGAGGACACGAGAGGAUGGGGGAGAGGGAGAGGGAGAGGGAGGGGAGGAGGAGAAUAAGACGGAGACGGAACGGCGGUUUGCGGAGGCGAAGAAGAAGAGGUUGAAGGAACUCACCGAGUCGGGACGGAUCCGGCCCGAGCUGCUCAAGACGCACAAGGAGCGCGUCGAGGAGCUGAAUGCCCACCUUGCGAGGCUGAGCGAACAUCACGAUAUGCCCAAGAUUGGACCUGGUUAAGGACAGACCUGGCCGUGCUGCCUCGUUGCGGCGGCGGUUACAAUAUAUCUCGGAAAUGCUACACCGGCAGGAGGAGGAAUUAGGUCGCUCACCCUGCGAGACUGGACGAACAUCACGGCUUGCUCAGGAACAGACCUAGCCAAGGACAAUCGUUGCCGUGUUGUCUCGUUGCAUUGGCGAUAAAAGAAUCUAUACCGGAAUGCCACACCGACGGGAGGAAUAAUUAACUCCCAAUCACGGACGGCGGCGCAAUUGUUGGGGUUGCCGUGGAAAACCGGCUGAAUGUACGAGGCCAUCAGGGUGCAAGAUGGCAGUUUCUCCUUGUAUUUGCUUGCUCGAUACCCACAUCAUUUCAAAGACACGAAAUAAUUGAAACGUUC